AUUAAUUUCAUAGAUAAACAUUUUUUGAAGAAGUGAAAAAAAAAAAUAUCGCCCAAAAAUGAUCACAUACUUUCUCACGUCUGUUUUAAUGCUGUUAAGCUAUUCAAGCAUCACCUUCUCAAAUGAAAUACCUGAUUACAUAAAACUCUGUAGUCGAAAUGAUCCAAAAGUCAACGAGUGCGUCAGAAACACUGUUCACAAUAUGCGUCCUUACCUUAAGAAUGGUAUUAAAGAGUUAAAUGUACCUGCUAUGGAACCACUUUAUAUUGGAGAUUUAAAUAUAUUGGAUGGUGGAUCUGCCGGUAUCAGUGUAAAAGCGAAAAAAUUAAAUAUUUAUGGAGCUUCAAACUUCGAAAUUAAAAAAAUUAAAUCAUCAAAUAAUGCGAAACGUUUUGAUUUCGAGCUUAAUCUGCCAAGUUUACACGGUGAAGGUAACUAUGAAAUGAAUGGUCAAAUUUUAGCUUUACCGCUAAAAGGAAAUGGGCCAUUCACUGGAAAUUUCACUAACUUCUAUGCAUAUGUCAAAAUCAUAUUUGACGUAGAAAACGUAAAUGAUGUAGAGAAGAUGUCACUUAAAGAAUUGCGUGUUAAAAUUCGUACCGGUACGGGUAGUAUACAUUUGCAAAAUCUAUUUAAUGGGGAUAAAGCAUUGGGCGAUGUUGUUAAUGAGACAAUCAAUAAAAAUUUCGAACUCUUUACGAAUGAAGUCAUCGUACCCAUUGAACGUGCAUUAGAAAAGAAAUUCUCGGCGAUCACGAGUAAUGUUGUGGGUUCCUUCACAUAUGAUCAGCUAUUUCCUGCAUAAAAAAGGAUAACUAAAAAUUUAACACUUAUUUAGUUAAUAUUAAUAUUAAACAUUAAUAUGUUAAUGUUAAAGUAAGUUA